AUGCGCUCCUGCAACAUCUGCAUAAUGCAGAUCCCAGCCUAUGGAAUGAAAAUUUUGCGUAUCUGUACGCGGUACACUCCGGAUCAGGACACCAUGACGUUCUCAGACGGGCUGACCCUGAACCGGACCCAGAUGCACAACGCAGGCUUCGGCCCGCUCACUGACCUGGUGUUCACUUUCGCCCACCAGCUGCUGCCCAUGGAGAUGGACGACACAGAGACAGGCCUGCUCAGCGCCAUCUGCCUCAUCUCUGGAGACCGUCAGGACCUGGAGGAACCCUCUAAGGUCGACCAGCUCCAGGAGCCUCUACUGGAAGCUCUGAAGAUCUACGUGAGGAAGAGGAGGCCUAGCAAGCCACACAUGUUCCCCAAGACCCUGAUGAAGAUCACUGACCUCCGCAGCAUCAGCGCCAAAGGUGCGGAGCGGGUCAUUUCGCUGAAGAUGGAGAUCCCUGGCUCCAUGCCUCCUCUGAUCCAGGAGAUGCUGGAGAACUCAGAGGGCCAAGACGGCCAGAGCAGCACCGAGGGCGAGGACGGCAGCAGCCCCAAGAAGGGAAUCCCUAAGGGGGGUAAACCCUGCCCUGUGUCCACUGACCCUGACCCAGAUGCUUCAGACAGUGACGGGCCCAUAGCGGCCCCCAAGGAGGAGGAGGAAGAGGACCCCUAG